AUGUCACUUGUUGGAGCUGGUCGAGAUCCAUCCUCCAUUUUUAGUCAGGAAACAUUAUUACAUAUUUUCAAACAUUUGUCUGCUUGUGAUCUCACAUCGUUAGAACGUGUCUCACGCAAAUGGCAGAGGGUAUCACGGAGUGGUUAUGUUUGGCGAAUGCAAUAUGCAAAGGCAUUUAGCCUCCCUCGACUGAAACGAACAUAUGAACUUAGUCGAAGGAAAAAGUGUUCUUGGCGCAAUUUAUUUAAGGAACAUAGCAAUUGGAGCCGUGGACGAUGUAUUGAACGAGUUCAGUCUCUAUACGGGGAUCACAACGAAAAACCAUACUUUGUCACUAGAAUUUGGGGUGACUUUGUCUAUCAUGCGACAGUGUCUGGUUUUAAAACGUUUGCGCUUGUUGACGGUCAGCUUAGGCUGAAAACGGGAUACAAUUGGUCUAGUCUUUUUUUGGGUUAUAGAUUACCUAGUCCGUGUCUUCCUUCUUGUAUGGCGAAAUGCCGAAACUUAAUAUUAAUGGCUUUUGAGGACUCAUCUUUUGUACUGUUUCGUUUGAGAUCCAACGAAAGACUGAGCGUGUGUCAUAUUCAAAAACUUCCAAAUGGGUCCAUUCUUAAGCAAGUUUCGUUUGCUGAGGAUUACAUCGUGGGCUAUACAAACAAAAAGGAACUAAUGUUUUGGUAUGUUCGUCCUACUAAAAAAAAGGAGGAAAUGUCGGACUCCCAGGUACUUCGGUUUUUAGGCCAAUUAUUCAUAUCUUAUGCUGAGCCGGUUGCCAUACGGCUUUCCGUUAGACACAUUGGCACUCAUGUCUUUGCUAUCGUUGUACAUAGCGAAUACGUUUACAGCUGCGGAUGGUGUCUCGGAGUUCAACACUUUUUGUUGACCCCUAUGCGUUUUAAUCCGUCAACCUUUGUUCCUCGUGAUUUAAACGACCGUGUGUACACAAAAACACCUCCUACAAGCAUAUCCAUUAGUAUUCCAUAUAUUCUUGCAUCAUUCGCAGACAAUUCCAUGGUAUUACUUGACAUUGGUUAUGUUGAACGAAGUGCUCACCUUUACAUGAAAAACGAAACCCGUUUAAUGGGUCAAUAUUGCAACGUCAAGUUUGCAAAAAUACUAGAUUCAGAAAGAAUUGUCUCUGCUUCCUACUCCUGUGCUGAUGUGUGCUUGUGGGAUUUAUGCUCGUCUGAGCUUUCAUCCUUGCAGCCCGUUCACAUACGAACAUCACCUUUACCCUCUGUUUCACAUUCAACUGCAGUUGUUGACCUCGGUCUAAUUCAAUCAUUUGCCGUUCUUGCACUAGAUGAUGGUAGGUUUCUUAUUUAUGACUUUUCUUAA